AUGCGAAGCCAUCACGACCGACUCUAUUCUGUAUCGUAUGGAUUAGGACAAGAGUUGAAGCAGACUAACGUUUCCGAGAUUCUAGACAAUUUGAAGGCUCCAGAAUUUCCGACAGAGCCUCUGCUUCCGCCGAUUAGUGAAAAUGAGUCAAGGCUCGAACUGAGCCGAAAGGAGGCGAAACAGAAUCUUAUGUGGAUCGAUAUGAAAUCUAUCACCUUCUCCGGAAGCCUUUCAGAAGCUUGGGUACAGUUACAUGCACUGAAUCUCAGGUUCUGGAAAGCGGCUUCAACUCUCAACGAGGACUCGACCCCAGAAUAUGUUGUACAACUGAAACAGGAUCUUGAUCGUUUCUCAAGCAUCGUUAAGGUUGCCUUUGCUUCUGCAAAUGAGGGAAGGUACACGAUGUCAGUUGUGAUUCAGAGCUACGAGCUCUUGGCGGCAGUCGUCUGUUUCUGUUUUGCUCACCGUGAAAUGGAGCAGAAACAUACGUUCUUUAAGGAGUAUAUCCCCGCGUUUGACCCAAACGAUCUUGAUCAUUUAGUUUUGGAUGACAAAGGCGCGAUCGACGCUGCUAGAAAAGUACGCCAUUUCCUUGAAACGCGAGCUAACAGAGCCAGACAACCAUUUCGAAACCAUGAAGAUACUUGGAGUCUGGCAAAGCACUUUGCUUCAGAACAAAGUGAGAGGGCCAAAAUGAAUAGGCAACUGCACAAAGGCUUUCUCACCGCUUCGCGACGAGAGAUUGAAGAAAGGUGGCGAGACAUUUCUGAGCGCCAAGACAUACUUUACAAGUUAGACAGGGAUUUGUCUGGUGCAAAGAGAGACCUCGUCACUGCGCAGGCAAGACUUGAGAAAAUCCAACAAAAUUAUAAUUAUCAAUUGGAUCCAAGCUACAAUAAUGCGGUGGGAAAUGUAAACAAUGCAAAUGCUCGAGUUUCCUCGCUGAAAAGAGAGAUUGAGUCGCUCGAAUGGAAGCCUAGUAAUUUGACAUAUUCAUUGCCAGAGGAGAGCGAUGCGGAAUCGCUUCUUUUCUUCAUAAUCAUGGAUGGACAUGUCAGCCAGCUGGCUGAGAUUGCACAUCGAGCAGAAUGUCUUUUGUGGCAUUAA